CGUGGUCCGACAAGAUGGUUGAUGUACGCUGGUGGCUGUUGCCGUUGCUCGCGGUCACAGCGGCGGGAGCAAAUACCGAGGACCAGAUCGACCAGAACCAGCUGGCCACGAUGGUUGAAACCAUUCUCAGCGGGUUGAACGUCCAAUCCAAAAUGCCCAUGUUCAGCCUGGCAGCGAGGAUCCCACUCAGUCCUGACAAGUCCUCGUAUGACCCCAGUCAAGUGACCGCUCUGGGUCAGAACGUAAGGAACACCAUCUUAGGAUGCGGCGUGUACCAGAGCUCCAACCUGGUGGCCGCCACCGUCCUGAGGUGGCCCGACGUGCUGUAUCAUUGUCCUACGGCGUCAGUGCCAUGGCAGAAAGUCCUGAGGAAGUGCAUGCGUACCGAAAUGACUUGGCAGGAAGUGAAGACGGUUUGCCCGCAUGCAGUGAAAAACAAGCAAGCGGAUCACGCCGAGUACCGUGUUCUGCAGACGUUCAAGACCUGGGCCGCAAACAAGGAGAAGACGGGUUUGUUGCUUCUCUACGUGCACGCCUCGCCGUGCACGGGCAGGUGCACGAGCGAAACAAGCGGACUCAACAUCCUCAAGCUGGUGGAGUGCAUCAACGACUGGCCGAAUCACAUCGUGGUUUUCUCCAAAAUCUUCAAACCCAAAGAUAAUUGGGAAGCCAUUCCUCCAGAAACGCUCAAAAAUGGGCUCAUCACCUUGGGGAGACAUCUUGGCUCUGACGGCCUCCGCAACAUCUUCCGCUGCAACAGGAACGAUACAAAUGCAAACUUGGAGUGUGUCAGCUGCUCCAGCGACAAAGGGAGGCAGGUCACCCCCAACUGCUAUGAAGACGUCAAACAAGGUCAGCAGGUCACUGAGCAAGGGGGCGAGGAGCUGUGCAAUACGAGAGGGCGAGGGGGCAGCGGAAGGGGGAGAGAAACGCCAACCAUCAAGAAGAGUCCCGAAGACAACGAGCAUCUCAGCUUCCUGCUGGACGACAAUCUUCCAGACCGCAGCGAGGGGGCCGUACCUCGCCAGGAAAAGGUCCUGGAAGAAAGAGAGGGCGUGGCCACACCAAUCUCAAUCAGGGGGGCAAACAAAAGAGGGGCGGGAGCAAGCAUAGGCGUGGUCGAGCUUCUCGACCGCGAGGGCGAGGUUGAUGACUCCAGUGGAAAGCUGAGAAACAUUUUUAUCUUUGCUAAAUGCUAA